AGCACUUCACUGAGCAGGCUAAUAUGUGUCUCUUCAUGAAGGGGACGGAGCACGUGCAGUUUUUGGACAGAUACUUCUACAACCGGGAGGAGUACGCGCGCUUCGACAGCAACCUGGGGGUGUUCGAGGCGGUGACGGAGCUGGGGCGGCCCAUAGCUGAGGAUUGGAACAGCCAGAAGGAUGAGCUGGAGCUGAAGCGUGCCGAGUUGGACACUUUCUGCAGGCACAACUACGAGGUGGCUGAGCCCUUCUUAGUGCCCAGGCGCGUGGAGCCGGAGGUGACGGUGUAUCCAUCCAAGACGGCUCCUUUGGGCCACCACAACCUGCUGGUCUGCUCUGUCAGCGGCUUCUACCCCGGGGACGUGGAGGUCAAGUGGUUGGUGAAUGGGCAGCAGCAGAGGGCUGGGGUCGUGUCCACAGGCCUGAUCCGCAAUGGAGACUGGACCUUCCAGACCCUGGUGAUGCUGGAGAUGACCCCCAAGCGGGGAGACGUCUACACCUGCCACGUGGAGCACUCCAGCCUGCAGAAACCUGUCCACAUGGCCUGGAGUGAGAUGGAGCUUUUAGCUGCUCCCCCGCAGCUCUCCCAUUGCUCAGGACAUGGUGGUGGCUCUGGGGUGGCCUCUUUCCUUCUGCCCUUGGCU